GCUUCCUCCGCCCGGCCCGUCGCUCGCAGACCGUCCGGCCCAGCCUCACGCCCAGGCUGUGCUCACCUCCGCCACGGCUUUCCUUCCCCCAGACCCAUCCUUUCUCUGUCCCCUCAGCGCCAGUCCUUCCGUUUUUGUUUACUGCCCUUCUCUUUCAUCUGUUUUCCUCAUCCCUAUGCCUCGCAGCCAGGGCUUCUCUCCCUUUAGAGGCCGGCGCUUUUCAGGUGGUGGUUGGAGGAUUUUUAGCUCUUCUUUUCUACUUAGUUCUCAUAGGUGUCAGGACAUAUGGCAUCCCUCAAGAAGUCUCGAGAUCCCACUAGGUUUCCCCUGGCGUUAAACCCCACGAAGAGCAAGGAUGUGUUGGCAGUGCUGGCUGAGAGGAACCAGAGCAUAGUACCGGUAGGGGCGUGGGUGGAACCUGCCUCACCUGAUACCCCGCAAAUCCCGGCCCAUACUUCAGCAUUUAUGAUCGAAGAAGGGCUAAAGGAGCAGCAAAGACAAAAACAAGAAUCUUUGAAGCAUUUUCAGAGACAAGUCAAACACAGAGUAAAUCAACAAAUUAGGCUCAGAAAGAAGCAACAGCUGCAGAAAUCAUACAAAGCAGCAGAAAAAGAAGGCUUUAUAGUGAUGCAAUGUUCAGCUUCAGCACAGUUAACUCCUAAAAGGACAAGUGUUUUUCAAAGGAAUUUGAAUGCUGUUAUUGGAAGUUCAAGGCUACCCCCUUCCUGGAUGCUUGGGGAUUCAGUAGAAGGUGGAGAGAAUCAGCAUCAGAAUGAAUUAUUUCAACAAGCCCAAGCUCUUAGCCAAACCAUGAAACAGGCUCGUCACCAGCUGGCCUCCUUUAAAACUAUGAGUGAAAAAAAAGAACCAGUGUUUCUAAAUGGCAGAAUGCAAAGCUUUCCUACCCAAGAGGAAGUUGGCUAUCAGCAAAUGUCUUUUGUUAUGACUGAUGAGAACAAACUUUUGUCUGGGAGGAAUCAUCAGAAUUGUCAUUCUGAAGACAAAGAUAAGCCUGUCAGCAGAGUUCAGAAAGUAAAAUUCAAAAAUCCAUUAUUUGUUGUGAUAAAAGAAGAACAAAAAAAGCAGCUAAAUCUUAAGGACCUUCAGGAUAUUCUGCCAGAAGCCCACGAUUAUCUUCUGGAAGCUCAAGGUGACCCACCAGAAACCCAGGGUGAUGUGAUAGAAGUCCAGAGUGUUGAGCCUGAAGCUUGCAGUGUUGAGCUAGAUACCCAGGUUGCUAAGCUGGACAUUCAUUCUGUUAAGCCAGAAGGCCAGGCUAUUAAGACUGAAACUCAGAAUAUUCUGUUCAUCACCCGUAGUAUUGAACUAGAUGGAGAUAUUGAUUUGGAAGCCCAGGCUUUUCUACCGAAAUGUCAAGACCAGGAUUCCUCAUCCAAAGACCACUGUGUUCUUAAAUACUAUAAUACUCUACCUAACUAUGAGGACAAGAAUUUUCCACGUGUAGGUAAGGAAUUUUUAUCUAGAAAUCAGCAUAUCCUACCCAAAGAACAGAAUAAUCUACUCAAAUGCCAGGAUGAGGAUUCCUUGCCUAAAGAUCAGAAUUUUCUACCUGAAGACCACUGUGCCCUCCCUGAAAAUCAAUACAUUCUAUUCAAACAUCAGGACCAGGAUUUUCUUCCUGAAGAUGAGGAUUUUCUACUAAGAGAUCAGCAUGGUCUUCCCAAAGACCAGAAUGUUCUACCAAAAUGUCAGGACCAGGAUUUUCUUCCCAGUGGCCAGCAUGUUCUCCCCAAAGACCAGAAUAACCUACGUAAAUGUCAGGGUCAGGAUCUUCUACCUCCAAAUCAGCAUAAGCGCUAUGGGCAAGCAUCACACGAUAUGACAGAUGAGAAACAAAGAAAAGAUUUAUUUCCAGAGAGCCAUGGAUAUGGUUUCCAUGAAAUCCAGGAUCGAGGUUCUGCCAGAGAACAGAGUUUGUAUGCUAAGCAGCGGCUAUCUAGUAGGUCAACUAAAAGGUGGCAAGAGGAUUUGCAUCUUGAUGGCCAUCAGCACCACCCGUCCAGUCUCCAGAGAGACACCUGCAGCAGGCAUCCGGUUUACGAGUGUCAGUUAGGACUGAGCACUGAAUCCCAGGGCCCACUGGCAUUUCAGUCUGGAGUGGAUCAAGAAGAAGACAAGAAAGAGCGUCAGAAGCAAUACCUGAGACACAGGAGGCUUUUCAUGGACAUUGAGAGAGAACAAGCAAAAGAACAACAAAGGCAAAGGGAACAAAAGAAGAAAGUUGAAAAAAUUAAGAAAAAGAAAGAGCAACAGCGUUACGCUGAAGAGCAGAAGAUGCUGAGAAUGAACUCUCAUGAAGUACCAUAUUCAGGAGAGAAGAUGAGUGACAUUUUAGCUCAGUUACAGCUUGAUGAACUACAAGGAGCCAGGGCAAAACAGCAACAGAAAGAAAAAGAAUAUGUAAGAUAUGUAGAAGCUUUACGAGCCCAAGUCCAGAAGAAAAUGAAGCUGUAUAAUAUUAUUUUACCUCCAUUAUGCUGUUGUGGUCCUGAUUUUUGGGAUGCUCACCCUGAUACCUGUGCCAACAAUUGUAUCUUCUAUAAAAACUAUAGAGCCUAUAACCGGGCAUUACAUUCCAUCAUCAAUUCCUCUGAUAUCUCCGAGGGAACUGCAACUCUUCGAAAUGCCAUUCGUAAUUUUGCUUGUGCACACAAAAGGACUUCAAAAAGAAUCUGUAACAUGAAUCUGAAAUCAGCUGAAACAACUGCUAAGAAUAUCAGCAGAAUGUUAUGUCACUGUAUACAAAACCAGGACAACCUGAAGCCAGACCAGCGCCUACCAGUGUCAACAGGUCAAGCUUCAUAGUGUAUCCUCUGCACUAUUGCCCCUCCAAAAGGCAUUUUCCCCACAUCGAGCAAGGACCAUCAGUACUUUGUCUUUAUCAUUUUAGCUUGUCUUAUAGCUGUUUACAAAUUAUAAUUAUAUGCAGUUGACAACUCAGGAUAUAUAGGGCAAUAAGCAUGUCAAUCCCACCUUACAAAUGAAAAACAAAAUGCCAGAAACAUCUUCAAAUUCCUUGUUACACCAUUAGUAAAGUAUACAGAGUAAGGAGAAAACAAGAAUUCCUUUCUGUUUUAGAAAUGUUUGAAAGUAUGUACAACUUUGAUACAGUUUUAGAAAGCUCUGGACACCUGUGGCCACUUAAUGUAAACCACUGAUACUGUGAGAGACUCUAACUGGUCAGAUUUUGUAAUGGAACUUCAUGAGACAAGUAGACAGGGCUCAGGGCUCACUUAAGAGAUGUGUCAUAUCAGUGUUCCCUUAUUAACAAGUAAAAGAUAAGUGUUUUAGUUGGGUGUGGUAACACAUGCCUAUAAUAUAAGUGAUGGUGAGGCUGAGGUAGGAGAGCUAGGAGUUCAAAUCUAGCCUCAGUUGCAUACCAAGUUUGAGGCCAACAUGGGUUAUACAAAACCAUCUCAAAAUAAAUCAAUAACAACAACAACAACAAAAAUAUUCCUCUUCUUUCUGGGGAACAAGAAGAAUUCAUACAGGAACUUUGAGCAUUAAGGUUCUUUUUCUUCUUGCCUCUUGUAGCUGGACCGUUAUCCUGUACUUCUGGAUCAUAGUGUGAUUUAUCUGCUUUUGUCAUUUUGUCAGAUGUAGAUUUCUCUUUCCUAGUCAUUAUCUUCUGCUUCCCAGGACACUUCGGUAAAAUUAACAGGAACUUUGGGACUUUUCUUCUUCUGUUCUUUGCACAACUGCAUUAAAAAAGCACAAGCAGACACCUUUGACCCUUGCCUUCUUGGGUCACCUUACCAUCCUGCCUAUGGUUUGCAUCAUGAAAGCCACCUGUUUAACACUUCAAAAUUUAGAAAUAAGAAGCUGGAGGGAUGGCCCAGUAGAUAAGACACUUACCUGCAAAGCCUAUCGACCUGGGGUUGAUUGCCCAGUACCCACAUAAAGCCAGAUGCACAGUGAUGUGUGCAUC